UAUAUAUAUGACACUUAGUUUUUUUUUUACCUACGCUUCCAAUUCCCAAUUCCCUUCUCUCCCAUCUCCCUUCCUCUGCAUUCCACUCCCGUGACCAGCACCACCGCCAUCCGCCAUCAUCCGCCUUCCACCGCCAUCAAGAUGAGUAAUGAACAAUCAACCUCCCGUGCCCGCCCGAACUACGCCCCCUUAACGGAAGCCGAGCGCAACAACGAAAAUGCGGCUUGGGUGACACCCCAAAUGGUUGAAAGCGAUCAAGAAGUGUUGGAUCGAAUCAAACUCAUAGUUGGCGGACAUUUUCUGGGGAAUUGGGCAUGCUACACGGAUGUUGACCCCAAGGUCCGGGAACUUUGGUGGAACCUAUUCAAGGCCCAACAUCGAUGGACCGAAGCACAGGGCGCUGCUGUUUUGAGAGCGUAUAAUAAAAGGGUCUCUACAUGGCUUGUACCCACUUUUAAGCGUGCCCGAAAGAGCGGGAAGAAGCCUGGAUGGGCUUCUGAUGAAGUGUGGGAUAGCCUUGUUCGCCAUUGGUCUUUGGAUCCAAAAUUUGCGCAAAAAAGCGCAGCCGGUAAGAAAAACCGGAUGUCCGAGAAGGCCAUGGAAACACAAUGGCAUGGGGGCCGCAAACCUCAGAGUAAACAUAGAGAAACUAUGGUGGGACCUGAGAAAAAGAAGGUCUCGAUCCUAAAAGUGAUCAAGCACUGCUGGACGAAGGGCGGCGAUAAUUCGGAAGCCGAACUGCCACCUCGCAUCGCCGAACUUGAAACAAAGUAUCAGGCACAGGUUGGGAAGAAACGUGCUGAGUUAGGCUUGACUCACUCAGAUAUCGAGCUCGAUUCUGAUGCAGAUGAUGAGGCGAUGCUUGAGGCAGCCGGGGUGUACAAGGGUCGGGUUCCGUGCAUGGGGGCCGAGGGGUUACGGAUUUUGCACAACCGUGACGGAGCUUCAUCUUCUCGAUCGAGGGUAGAGGAUCCACGUAUUGCCCAACUGCAGCGAGAAUUGGAGGAGCAACGGGAACAGGGCCGAAGAACAAGAGCCCGGCUUGAAGCGAUGGAACAGCAAAUGAAUCGCUUCAACGCCGGAUACCGGCCUGAAAUGUAUAUAAGGCACCCUGAGACGACUCCUCAAGUUCCGCACAUGGGCAAUAUGGAUUAUAAUUCUUACCAGUUUCAGACACCCGCGGCAGCAGAGGAGGAGGCAGCCGAGGCAGCAGCCGAAGAGGCAGCCGAGGCAGCAGCCGAAGAGGCAGCCGCGGAGGCAGCAGAAGAGGCAGGAGAAGAGACAACUGAGGAGGCACCCGACUCGAAGACCCCGAUGAGCCCGAAGAGGAUUAUCUAAUUGAUUAUGAUGAUGAAUUUGAUGAUCCUAGAUUUUAUCAUAACGGAUAUCCGUGAAACAAUGUGUAAUAAUACAUUUUUAAUUUAAAUUGAACAUCGGUUAUAUUACUGUUAUAAUUCCAAUCUGUUAUAAUUACGUAGUACUUUUAUUAAAU